AUGGGAGUCAGAGCUGCGGUCGGGAAACGGCAAGAGGCAACGCUCACUUCCACGGUCGUGAUCAGAACGACGGUCUUUGUUCCUGGUGUCACGACAAGAACACUUACCAAUAUCGUUUUCUCAACCACGCUGGCGGCUCCUAACGCAGCUACCACAGUCUUCGUCACCACAACCGUCUUUAGACCUUUGUCCUCGAGCACAACUACCGUACCGGAGGCUACAGUACCGAUGGACCAGUCCCCAAUAGAACCCACACCCUCCUCAUCGACCGGUUCCGAGUCAGCUACUUCUCUCACACCAACAGACUCAACAGAGACCACAAACCCAACAGAACCCACGGAACCACUCCCCACCGAUUCUCCGGCUCUAAGUUCAGCCACCCCCUCUUCCCCGGCGCCAACCACUUUGGCAUCUUUUACUGAUGUCACCACCACCACCACCAUCACAACCUUCCCGUCAUCAGAAACCACCACCACUUCCGUGAUGGAACCAACAGGAAUGGAAACAAUGUCCCUCUCCCCAACUCCCACAGCGGGCCCCAACACCCCCCUCACACCCCAACAACCAACCCUCACCCCCGCCCAAAUAGCCGCUCUAGUCCUAGGCAUCAUCCUCGCCCUCUUGCUAUUCAUAGCCCUCGCGUUCAUCCUCCGCCGUCUGGUCAUCAAAAGAAGACAAGCCCAAGCAAAGAUCCGGCAGCAUCUCUCCCCAUCCCCUCCGCCCCUCAUGUCUGGCGGGGGGCCCUCAGCACCAGCACCCACAGUCCCAACCGGCCCCUCCUCCAACAGCUCCUACAGCGGGUUGACAGGCGAAGGGGAAGUCAGAAUCGUCAUCCGCCCCGCACCCAAAAGAAGAACGCAAUCGAGUGGGAUUGGGUAUGGGCAGGGGAUGGUGUGGCCUUUGCCGCCUGAAAGAUUGUCCGCUCAGUCGGGGGAAGGGGGGGGGGAGUAUUCUAUUUUUGUGGAUUCCCCUUCGGAAAGGGGAAGGGAGAAGGAGAGGGAGUGGAGUAUUGCUUCUGAGAGGGGGAGUUUGGGGGAUGAUAAUGGGCAGCAAAGGGGGGAGAGUAUGUUGAGUGGGGCUGCUAGUUCGGGGUAUGGGUAUGGGUAUGGGUAUGGGGGGUAUGGGAGUGUGAGGGGGGAGUCGUACCCUGGGUUGGGGACGCUGUUGACGCCGCCGCCGCCGCCGUUGAGGUUGGCGGAGAGGAGGGAGAUGGAAUUGGAGAGGGAGCGGGAGGUUAGGGGGUUUAGGACGGGUUUGUUGAGGGGGGCGGGAUACGGAUGA